CGCCGCCGCGGGCGGCGCGGCGGGCUUGGCGGGCUCGGGUUCGGGCUCCGGCUCCGGCGCGCGGCUGUGGGGAACACGUUGUGAUGUCUCAGAGCCAAAAUCAUGAGUGAAUUUCGGAUUCACCACGAUGUCAAUGAGCUGCUCAGCCUGCUGCGGGUGCAUGGAGGAGACGGGGCCGAGGUCUACAUUGAUCUGUUGCAGAAGAACAGGACCCCGUACGUCACAACCACGGUGUCUGCUCACAGCGCCAAGGUUAAAAUAGCAGAAUUUUCUCGUACUCCUGAGGACUUUCUGAAGAAAUACGAUGAACUGAAAUCUAAGAACACGAGGAACCUGGACCCCCUGGUGUACCUGCUCUCGAAGCUCACGGAGGACAGGGAGCGUGAUGCUGGGGCCCCGUGCUUUCAGACCCUGCAGUACCUGCAGCAGAACGCCAAGGAGAGAGCAGAGCUCGCGGCCAGCGCUGCAGCCAGCAGCACCACCAGCUUCGGCGCCCCCGCCACGGCCUCCAAGAUCUCCAUGCAGGAGCUAGAGGAGCUGAGGAAGCAGCUGGGGAGCGUGGCCACAGGCCCCACGUGGCAGCAGUCUCUGGAACUCACGAGAAAGAUGCUUCGAGACAAGCAGAACAAAAAAAACUCAGGGCAGCGCCUCCCAGUCUUCCCGGCGUGGGUGUACGAGAGGCCCACACUGCUCGGGGACUUCCUGACCGGCUCGGGCACGAGCACAGAUGCGGCUGUGCCCAUCGGCACGCUGCCCCUGGCCUCCCAGGAAGCGGCCAUCGUGGAGGAUCUGCUGUACGUGCUGGUGGGUGUGGACGGCAGGUACAUCACGGCCCAGCCCCUUACAGGGAGGCAGAGCCGUACCUUCCUCGUGGACCCCAACCUGGACCUGUCCAUCCGAGAGUUGGUGAGCAGGAUCCUCCCAGUGGCCGCCAGCUACUCCACCGUGACCAGGUUCAUCGAGGAGAAAUCCUCCUUCGAGUACGGGCAGGUGAACCAUGCCUUGGCUGCCGCCAUGAGAACCCUGCUAAAGGAGUACCUGAUCCUGGUCACACAGCUGGAGCAGCUGCAGAGGCAGGGCCUGCUGUCCCUGCAGAAGCUCUGGUUCUACAUUCAGCCAGCCAUGCGCACCGUGGACAUCUUGGCCUCCCUAGCCACCUCGGUGGAUAAAGGCGAGUGUGUGGGGGGAGCGACCCUGAGCCUCCUGCACGACCGGAGCUUCAGCUACACGGGCGACAGCCAGGCGCAGGAGCUGUGUCUGUACCUCACGACGGCCGCCAGCGUGCCCUACUUCGAGAUCCUGGAGAAGUGGAUCUACAGGGGCAUCAUCGAUGACCCGUACAGUGAGUUCAUGGUGGAGGAGCACGAGCUGCGCAAGGAGAAGAUCCAGGAGGACUACAACGACAAGUACUGGGACCAGCGCUACACCGUGGUGCAGAGACACAUCCCGUCCUUCCUGCAGAAGAUGGCGGGCAAGGUGCUGAGCACGGGAAAAUACCUGAAUGUGGUCAGGGAGUGCGGUCAUGACGUCACUUGUCCAGCAGCCAAAGAGGUCAUCUACACGCUGAAGGAGCGGGCGUACGUGGAACAAAUCGAGAAGGCCUUCAGCUAUGCCAGCAAGGUGCUGCUGGGCUUCCUCAUGGAGGAGAAGGAGCUCGUGGCUCACCUGAGGUCCAUCAAGCGCUACUUCCUCAUGGACCAGGGCGACUUCUUCGUGCACUUCAUGGACCUCACAGAGGAGGAGCUGAAGAAGCCAGUGGACGACAUCACGCCCACCCGCCUGGAAGCGCUGUUGGAGCUGGCCCUGCGCAUGAGCACCGCCAACACCGACCCCUUCAAAGACGACCUCAAGAUUGACCUGAUGCCUCACGACCUCAUCACCCAGCUGCUGCGGGUCCUGGCCAUUGAGACCAAGCAGGAGAAAGCCAUGGUCCACGCCGACCCCACUGAGCUCACACUCAGCGGUCUGGAGGCCUUCUCCUUCGAUUAUGUGGUCAAGUGGCCCCUGUCUCUGAUCAUUAACAGGAAAGCCCUGACGCGCUACCAGAUGCUCUUCAGACACAUGUUCUACUGCAAGCAUGUGGAGCGGCAGCUCUGCAGUGUCUGGAUCAGCAACAAGACCGCCAAGCAGCACUCCCUGCACUCUGCCAAGUGGUUUGCGGGCGCUUUCACCCUGCGGCAGCGGAUGCUCAACUUCGUGCAGAACAUCCAGUACUACAUGAUGUUCGAGGUGAUGGAGCCGACCUGGCACGUCCUAGAGAAGAACCUGAGAUCUGCCUCCAACAUCGACGACGUGCUGGGGCACCACACCAGCUUCCUGGACAGCUGCCUGAAGGACUGCAUGCUGACCAACCCCGAGCUCCUGCGCGUCUUCUCCAAGCUCAUGUCCGUGUGCGUCAUGUUCACCAACUGCAUGCAGAGAUUCACGCAGAGCAUGAAGCUAGACAGCGAGCUGGGCCGCCUGACCCUGGAGCACGGCACGAUGCAGGGGCCUCCGACGGAGGCUGAGCGGGCCGAGGAGCGCACCCGCAAGGAGCUCGCCCGCAAGUGCCUGGCUGAGCAUGUGGACGCGCCACAGCUGGCCUCCAGCUUCGAGGCCACCAUCAAUAAAUUCGAUAAGAAUUUCUCAGCCCACCUGCUCGACCUCCUGGCCCGGCUGAGCGUCUACAGCACCAGCGACUGCGAGCACGGCAUGGCCAGUGUCAUCUCCAGGCUGGACUUCAAUGGCUUCUACACGGAGCGGCUGGAGCGCCUGUCUGCAGAGAGGAGCCAGAAGGUGGCACCCCACGUGCCUGGCCCGCGGGGGCCCCCCGCUCCUGCGCCCAGAGUGGCUGUCCCCGCCCAGUGACGCUGCUCACCUGUCCUGGCUGAGCCUCGGUGGGUGUGCUGAGGCCUCGCCAGGUGUCUCUGGGAUGUGUGUGCUGUGUGUUCUGUCCAAACAUAAAGUUGACGCACCUGCA